AUGGCGGCUGCAGCUUUCCGAACAGCUCGUAUCGAGCUUCCAAAGACGGCGUUCUUCUUGUGCGACAUGCAGGAGAGAUUCAAGACCGCCAUCGCCAACUUUGACCUGAUCACAACUACUUCGGCUCGCAUGCUCAAGGCUGCAAAGAUCCUCGACGUGCCUGUCUUCACCACCGAACAGAACCCAAAAGCACUCGGGGCCACGGUCGCUCCUCUGAGCGAACUGCUCAAGGAUCUUCCAGAAAUCUCGGCUAGUGCAGUGCAUCCAAAGACCAAAUUCAGCAUGGACCUUCCCAACAUCACCGACAAGUGGCUCCAGAGUGCAGGCGACAUCAAGCACGUCGUCAUCUUUGGUAUCGAAUCUCACGUGUGCGUGCUACAGACGACGCUUGACCUGCUGGAUAGAGGCAUUCAGGUGCACGUCAUCAAGGACGGCGUAUCCAGCUGCAAUGUCGGGGAGAUCGACGUGGCUCUCGAGAGAAUGCGAAGCUCGGGGGCCCAGAUCACGACCUCGGAAUCGGUCCUUUUUCAGAUGCUCGUCGACGCCUCGCAUCCCAAGUUCAAGGCUAUCUCGGGUCUCAUCAAAGAGGAGAAGCAAAACAUCAAGGAGGCCGUCAACACUCUGGGUCUCGCCAAGUACUAA